GAGCGGCACUCUCGUAGCUUUGCGCUAAAGCGGACGUUGGAAGGAGGGUCUCUUCCUCCUGCAAGAUGGCGCAGACGGUGAAUAUUACCGAUUUGUCUCUGCAGCAACUAGAGGGGCUGAAAAGUCAGCUGGAUCAGGAAGUUGAGUUCUUGUCUUCCUCCAUCGCCCAGUUAAAAGUGGUACAAACAAAGUACGUGGAAGCCAAGGACUGCCUGAACGUGUUGAAUAAGAGUAAUGAAGGGAAGCAACUGCUUGUUCCUCUGACCAGCUCUAUGUAUGUGCCCGGGACUCUGCGUGACGUAUCCAAUGUGCUGAUAGACGUGGGAACCGGAUAUUAUGUGGAGAAGACUGUAGAGGAUGCAAAAGAUUUCUUCAAAAGAAAGAUUGAUUUCCUCACUAAGCAAAUUGAAAAGAUUCAGCCAGCCCUUCAAGAAAAGCAUGCAAUGAAACAAGCUGUCAUAGAAAUGAUGAGUAUAAAAAUCCAACAGCUGACAUCGGCCCAGGCUGGGACAUCCAAGGCUUAGCAGAAGUCGGAGAGGCCACCCCUUCCAGCCACCUACUGAAUGGGAUGCAGUGGCAUCUUGUGGCAGAGGCGGAUGGAAGGCUAAGUACUGGCAUCACUAGCCUGGUCCGCCGCUGCAGUAAAACCCCUUCCCCACUACAGACACCAGCCAAGUAUAUCUUCACAGACUGUGUACGCUGUACAGCUUCCUCGGCAAAGGGGUUAACUUAUUUUUUUGUUUAUCAUUUAUUGUUUUGUAUUUGAAACAUAAAGCAUUUAAAAUCAAAA